AUGUAUGCCAAUAAAAUAAACGAUGAAUCCGGUGAACUUGACUCUCAACUUGUUCAAGCAAAUCCAAUUCUUGCAGACGAACGUACAUUUCAUAUAUUUUAUCAAUUAUUACGUGAUUAUAAUACAAAGAUGAUUACAGAUUAUUUAUUAGAAGAUUUUAAUCGUUAUCGUUAUUUAACACAUCGUAAUAUUACAAUAACAGAUAUUGAUGAUGAUGAAGAAUUUCAAAAUACAGUUAACGUUAUGCAAAUAAUGAAUAUGUCAAAUGACGAUUUAAAUUCAAUAUUUUGA